GAGCUCGUGAAACGAUUCCUCUCAUUUUUGCCAUGGGAAUGGUGUUACUUGCAGCACAAGCCACCAGAGAGUUACAGUACUCUACUUGUGAUCGAUGCAGCUCUCAGGCUCCAUAUCCCCACAAGUUGGCAAUCUCAGCUUCCUGAGAGAUCUCUACCUUUCCAACAACAGCUUGAUUGGAGAGAUUCCUCCCCAGCUCGGUCGUCUCCACAGGUUCGAGAAUCUCUAUCUCCUCAACAACUCCUUCACUGGCCGAAUCCCGCCAGAUCUGUCAAACUGCUCCAAUCUCGUGGUGUUCAACGCAUUCAGCAACCGUCUGGUUGGCGAAAUGCCCCCGGAGAUAGGAUCGAUGAACAAUCUGCAGAACUUUGUCACCAACUCCACAACUUGAGAGGAAACAUCCCUGCUUCAUUUGGGAACAUGUCCUCUCUCAAGAUACUCUCAAUGACCGGAAAUUUCUUGAGUGGCAAGGUACCUAGUACUCUAGGAGAGUUGAAGAGCCUCUCCGUUUUGACCUUGUCAAAGAACUGUUUCUCCGGUGGAAUCCCUUCAUCGAUCUUCAAUCUGUCUUAUCUCACUCACGUGUAUUUAGGAUUGAACCAGUUCCAUGGAAGUCUUCCGCCGGAUAUGGGAAUCUCGCUCCCCAAUCUCCAAAGCUUCGACGUCGCUCUCAAUUAUGAUGAGGGUAUUUUUUGGUAUUGGGCUUUUGGGUAUUUUUCGGUUGGGCUAGGGUGUUUUUUCCUUUUGGUUUAA